AUUUCACAUUCGUCAUUGUGCUGCCUGAUGUUUCGUCUAGGACCUCGUCUGUUGCAGAAAUGGUUGUCGCAGCAGCCGGCUGUGACUUGUGCGGUUCUCUUUCCGGGUCAGGGCUCGCAGUAUGUGGGAAUGUGUCGACAGUUGCUGUCUGUGCGUGGUGUGGAGGAAUUGUUUGAAGAGGCCGAGAGUGUAUUGCAGAACGGACUGAAGAAGUUGUGCUUGGAGGGUCCUCAAGAGGAGCUAGAUCGAACUAUCAACUGUCAACCGGCUGUCAUGCUUGCAUCUCUGGCUGCUUUGAAAAAACUAGAGGUUCAUGAUCAACAGGCAUAUGAAGGAAUCACGGUUGCUGCUGGCUUUAGUGUUGGUGAACUAACAGCUUUGGUUGCUUCGGGUGUAAUGACUUUGACAGAUGGACUGCGUUUGGUUCAAGCUCGGGCAAAGGCCAUGCAGCAUGCAUGUGAAAUUACACCAAGUGCACUCACCUCAGUCACAGGCAUUGAUGACGACCAACUGACACAAAUGUGUCAGGAAUUAGUCACCAGCAAUGAAGUCCUUACAGUAGCAAAUUUCCUAUUUCCACAAGGCCGAGUUGUAUCAGGCAGUUUACCAGCCAUUGAGAGAUUUGAAGAGGCAGCAUCGAAAGCAGGUUUAAAGAAAAAGGUGAAACGCCUACCUGUUAGUGGAGCAUUUCAUUCGUCUCUAAUGGAACCAGCAGUUGAAGAAUUCAAAGAAGCACUUUCUCAAGUCAAGUUGAAUCCAACGAAAUUUCCUGUAUAUUCAAAUGUGACUGGCUUGCCCUAUAAAUCAACCCACGAAGUAACCGAGCUGUUAGUGAGACAGAUAUGUCAACCCGUUUUGUGGGAGCAAGGCAUGCGUCACAUGUUAUCGAACUUCGAACUCGCUGCCUUUUACGAAGUGGGACCAAAGAGGCAGCUUCGUGCCAUGUUGCAACGCAUUGAUUCAGCAGCAGCCCAAACUACCAAGAACAUAGAAGCGUAGUUCUAGGUUAUUUCGUUGUUAGUGUUUAGAUUGAACGAAGCAGUGAGUUUAACAAACUGACAGAUUAAUUGGUUUAUGUAAGACAUUGAGAACACUGAAAUGUUGUGUUUUAAAAUAUUGACAAAAACCUUAUGGAAUAUAUUGGUUUAACGGUUAUAUCAUGUCAUGCUUGAAAAGUUGUCUUGUGUGGGACCAGUUGAGUUGUAUAUGGA